CAACUCGCUAUAGUAGCUGCAAAGCUGUCCCACUGUAACAUCAUGAUUAUGUGUGGUCAUGCAAAUAGUAUGGUAAUGUCCGCGGUGAUAAAACUGGGCCAAACCAACAUUUUACGCCGUCAAUUGAAAAGAAAUCAUAUUAGAUUUUUCUUCACAUCAAGGGUAUUCGGAUGUCAAAUAAAGGAAAAACUCAAAACCAGUUAUUUAAGUGGACCACGAGAUGUACCUUUGCUCAGGCUAACUUUGGGCCAAUUGUUGCAACAAGCUGCGGAUCGGUUUGGAGACCGAACAGCUACCGUAUUUGUUCACCAAGACAUCAGAACUACGUUCCAUCAAGUGCUGAUUGAUGCGGAUAAGGCAGCUGCUGGACUUCUCUCAUUAGGAUUAAACCGUGGCGAUCGGAUUGGCAUUUGGGGACCUAAUUCGUAUGAAUGGCUGCUAACACAAUGGGCCGCAGCAAGAACAUGAUUAAUACUUGUGAAUAUAAAUCCGGCGUACCAGGCUGGAGAACUACAGUAUGCGUUAAACAAAGUUGGAGUCAAAGCCUUGGUUGUGGCAAAGACGUUUCGAAAAACGAAUCUCAUGGACAUCUUACGUCAGAUAGUUCCACAGCUUUAUACAUCCUGCACCAAUAAUCAACAAGAACUUGUCGAUGAAUUACUAAUCUCAAGUCCUCUGGUACCUACUCUAACAAGAGUGAUUGUUUUAUCAGAUCAUGUACAAAAUAGUGGAGCUUUACGAUGGCAGGAUUUGAUGGAUUUGGCCACUCCAGCUCUGAUCGCUGAAGUCAAUAAUCUCCAGCGAAAGAUUCAGGUGGAUGAACCGGCUAACAUUCAGUUCACUUUGGUAGUGUCAGGAAAUCCCAAAGGAGCAACGCUUUCACACUCAAAUAUUGUCAAUAAUUCCUACCUUGUUGGAAUGAGAGUCGGGUAUCACCAAAAGCCGCACACCAUCUGUGUUCCUGUUCCACUCUAUCACUGUUUUGGAUGCGGUCUCGGGGUGCUGGCUGCUGCUUCACAUGGGGCUACUUGUGUUUUUCCCAGUCCUGUCUUCAGCGCUAGAGAGGCAGUCAAAGCAGUUCAUAAUGAGAGAUGCACAUCUCUGUACGGAACUCCGACCAUGUUUGUCGACAUCCUAAGCUUGCCGGAUUUGAAACAAUACGACCUGAAAAGCCUGUCCACAGGUAUUAUGGCUGGGGCACCAUGUCCGGAAGAAAUAGCCAAAGGAGCCAUAAAUGAUUUACAUAUGAAGGAUUUUGCGAUUUUGUACGGAAUGACGGAAUGCAGCCCAGGUACGUUUGUUACGUUACCGACAGACAGUUUUGAGGUACGGUGCUCCACUGUUGGCUAUCCUUGCGAACACGUUGAGGUAAAAGUCGUCGAUCCUGCGACCAAUGAAAUCCUACCUAUCAACACUCCAGGUGAAAUCUGUACAAGGGGGUAUAAUACUAUGUUAGGUUAUUGGAAUCAACCAGACAAGACCAAAGAAAUCAUCAGCGAGGACGGAUGGAUAAGAUCCGGAGAUAUAGGAGUUCUUGACGAGAAUGGGUACGGUAAAAUUGUUGGAAGGAUUAAGGAUAUGAUUAUACGUGGAGGAGAGAACGUUUACCCACGCGAAAUUGAGGAAAUCCUUCACACCCACCCUUCAGUCCAAGAAGCCCAGGUUGUAGGAGUUCCUGAUGAAAGACUGGGUGAGGAAAUCUGUGUUUGGAUCCGUUGCAAGUCUCAGACUACUGCCGAUGCUAUCGAGUUGUAGAACUUCUGUGCAGAAAGGAUGGCCUAUUUUAAAGUUCCUAGAUAUUGGAUGUUUAAAAAGGAAUUUCCCCUCACGGUGACCGGAAAAGUACAAAAAUUCGUUAUGAGAGAGCUUUCUGUAAAAGAAUUAGAUCUUAAAACAUAAAGAGCGGAUCUUCUAAAGGGUGCAAAGAAUUUGUAGCUUGUCAUAUGGUCACAUUGAAUCGUUCCAAGCGACUUCUAACACAAAAUGACGAAAUCUAACAAAUAUAUAUAUAUCUACAUUGAAUUAUUUAGCAUGGAAAGGAAUAAUUUUUGCUUCAAUCUCUUACCCUAUUCACCCCCUUCCGAACCAAUAAAAUCUAUAGUUCGGUAUUCUCA